GAGAAAGAUGAAGAUUAUCAACCGGAAGUCCAGAUCAGCGGCUGCUGUAAAAUUCUGAGUGGUACUUCACCAUCUCAACCUUUUCUGAUUGAACACUGCUGUUUAAUGACACCCGGAAAUGAGUGGGAUAUGGAGGUUAAAUGUCGCCCCAUUUUACAUGGAGCCCAAGGUGUGUCCAAUCAGAGAAGCAACUGGAGAAGCCUGAUGGUGGUUUGCCCCGAAGCUGAAGUGCAAUUAAAACACAAUGACAUUGAAGUCUCUCUGCCAUCUCUGCAGGAAGACGUCGAGAUCGCUGCGUUCGGAAGACCAGGAAAAGAUGACAAGAAAAGAAUGCAAAUGGCAAUCUUUGCUAAACGCCCAAAACAAGGAAGAGACUGGCAGAUUUGGGUUUAUCUUGUAGAUGAUACAAACCCAGCUUGUAAGGUAUAGGGUGCGAUUACGAUUGUUUAUUUUGUUUUGUUUGUUUGUUUGUUUGUUUAAAAUGUUACCACCAUUAUUUCUUUACCAUGAUUUUAGUUUAUUAUCAUUAUUUAUUUCAUUUUAAUUUUAUCAUCAUUAUUUUUUUAUCAUGAUUUUAUUGCCUUAGCAAGCCAGCCAGCCAUUGAUCACUCCCAUCCCCGCUCUAUAUAUUAACCUCUCUUCAGGAAAGCGAAGGCGCUAGAGAGCUUUAUUACCACCAACCCUUGAAAUGCAAAACGAUAAUGCCAAAUUCAAAGCAUAAUUUAUUAAUUUAAGUUGUUUCCGUACAGUGAUACGAACACUGAUUUCUACAUGUUAUUUCUCUUUCUCGUGUAAACAGAAAAUGUUUCAGGAUGAAGACGAAAGAGGAAACAAACUACUGACACCACUUGCUGGGAUAUUUGUGUCUAAAAGCAAUAAAGACAUCAAAAUUGAACUCAGUAAACUGGAGCCUGGAUGGAAAAUCAAAGGAAGCAAUGUAAAGGUGCGAAUAAGGAACUCUGUUGUUAACAGUCUGGUCUCCUUAGUGAUAUAGUAUUGAUUAAAACCCACGUGGCGUUUUAUCUGCGACAGGUUUGGAUAAGUUGGUAGGGCUGUCAGAGUCAUAUGUCUAGAGCGAAAAAAUUCGGGCCCGAUUCUCAAGACAAUACCACUACUUAGGGUUUCUUUGUUGUUGAUGUUGUUGUUUGUUUGUCGAAAUACGAUGUUGCCCUUUCCAAGGCGAGGAUUCCGUGUAGUUUGGAUGUCACAUACAUAAAAGCGAAAAAACCAGUGCCCUAAGUUACAUGUAGCUGUUUGGUGAUAAUAGAUCAACACUUAACCAAAGCGAGAAUUUCAUUAGUGAAAAGAAUCCCUGCCUCUCGAGGCUAUGGAGGUCUGAGUUCUAAAGUAAUAAAAACUGGGCUUGGCUCUAACCACUACCUGUUCGUCAUGUUGCUUAUAUUUAAGUAAUUAAAGGGGCUGUGUCACGGCAGUCCAGUUCAUUUUGUUUAAUUUUGCCAAUUACUCGUCCUCAAUCGCCAUGGAACUUAAAGUAAGCAAAGAAAUUACAUGUAAAUGACAAAAUCAGAGAUCCGAGACAAACAAAUAUGUCUCCUGAGCAUUAUUUUUGAAGUUGCAAGCAGUAGGGAUCAACUUUGAAAAACUGUAAGGCUGAACAGUUUUCGAAAACCCUAAUUUCAUUCCGUUUCAAUCUUCUUCAGUUUUGCCCAUCCGUGGCAUCUGUUCUUUCUGUUAUGUUAUUUUAACUUUCAGUAAAGUUUUAAGCGGUUAUUUUUAUGUUUCCCUUAAUUUAACGGGCAUUUUGUAAUUUCCUAAUGUGGCUGAAUUUCGAGACACACCUUCUUUAAUCAAUAAAGUGAUCAAGCUAAGUUAAUCUUUGUUUUUAUGCUUUUGUUUUUGUUUUGUUUUUAAUGAUUUGCAUUUCAAUUUUCUUUUUAGACAAUCAAAUCAACUCAUGCAUGGAAUUCGUCAGGAAACUCCGUAGACUUUCCACGCGGCUAUUUCGAAAUAAGUCACGUGAAUAGUACCAAGCAUUCAUUCUUCUGUGGAAUAGAAGCUUCUCACGAAGGAGACAGUGCACACGCAGAAGUUGUAGCGUGUUUUGAACGAGUGAGUGCUGACACAAAAAAUACUCUUGUAUUACAUUAUUAAUCUUUCUUCUGUUGCUCUUCGCAGAAGAAAAAUAUUAAUUUAUCGUGCUUAUGAUCAUAUUCAAGUCUCCUUAAUUGCUGGAUUUUUCCAUAUUUAUUUUGUAGGAAAGUGGUCAGAAAAUCGUCCAACCCUCUAACAAUUCUCGCAAACUGAGUAAUACGUGGAACUUUGUUUCAAAAGGUAAGCUUCGAUUAGACUGUACGAAAAAAAAAUGUCCGGUCACUUUGAAGUACGAUGCAACUCAGAGACCAGUAGCAUUUAAAACAAAGGACUCUUCUUAAUACAUAGCUCGUUUAACCUGUAUAAUGAAUUUUCAUAUUGUAUUUCUGGGCUUCAUACAUUUUUUUUUUAAUAUCACCGCUCAAUAUUUCUUUCUUUCUUUUUUCUUACAGAGACUAAAACCAUGUUUCCAUUACAUGAAGUUUUCACUCUGCUUUAUGCACUUUUUGCUUGGCGCUUCAAUACCACACACGUUACAGGUAAGCUUGCUUUAUAAAUUUCAGUAUAAGUUUGGUUUGCUGACAUUGUUUGCAUGUUUUUAAAAAGAUAAUGACAGUAGUAUAAGUAAACUUUUCAAAAACUUGAAAAUCGUUUACAUGCGUAAAAUGAAUAAGCAUCAAAUCUAGUAUAUAACUGCAAAUACGUUUCCUUUCAUUUCACUUACAGCAAGCAUAAUAAUCUCACAAUCUUUGUUUUAAAUUUUAACAGGAUCAAAUUCAACUUAUCAGCAAUUUACGACAAAGAAGGAUUUACAAGAUCUUACCAAUUCCAAACCGCCUGACAACUUCCCUUCCACUGGAAUGCCUCGUUCCGGGGCGCUGGUAAAGCGCAGGAAAGCAGGAUUCGCCAGCUGUGGUCCAACUGUCCAACAAGACCACCCGCACUGUGCAACUGCAAGAAAGCCGAACGCCUCGGAACGAGGAAAUACAAUACAAAUAUUCCAAAAACAACGUUCACAAGAAGUCUACUAG